UAGAAAAUAAAAAAUAAAGCUUGCAAAGCCCUGGAUCUGUCGGUGUCGGUUUGAAAAUACGUUGAACUUCACUGUACGGAGUAGGUGGUACAUUCGGGAAGGAUAAAUUGACCAUUUCCUACGACAGCGGUGUACAAACAGCAUCCGUACGUCGUCGGGAGAGUGCACGGAUUUUCAGCGUGCAGUGUGUUUGAUAUACGCACGAAAAUCGAAGCUAGUGUGUGUUGUGUUGUGGGGGUCAAAAUUUCCGCGCAUGGUCUAUUGAAACGUCUCCGGUUGGAAAGAAUCACUGCUGCGCUGGGAAAGAGGGCACACUUCUAGAACAUCGCUGGAUCGGUGCGAAUUGUUGUGUGCUGUUUAAAGUGUUUUUAGUUUAAAGCUUGAAGUGCAUUAAAAGGACAGGUGUUGUGGAAAAAUGUUGCUCAAACAAAUCGGUACCGUGCUGGCGCGCACCGAAUGCCACCGGCGUCAUCGUUCAUUGGUCCAGUUGAGCCGCCACUUCGCCACAGUUCCGUUGGCCGAACCGGCCGCACCAUCGUUGAAAACCGAAGUACCCGGACCAAAGUCAAGAGCACUGUUGCAACAACUUAAUCAACUGCAGAACGCUAACUCGGUCCAAAUGUUUGUGGACUAUGACAAAUCAAUCGGAAACUAUCUGCAGGACGUGGAUGGCAAUGUACUGCUUGAUAUAUACACCCAAAUUUCGUCGGUACCGCUCGGGUACAAUCACAAGGAGCUGCUGAAUGUGUUCCGGAAUGAUCAUAAUCUUUCAACUCUCAUCAACCGGCCUGCUUUGGGUGUGUUCCCUGGUGAAGAUUGGCCUAAUCGGUUGCAAAACGUGUUGAUGUCCGUGGCUCCAGUUGGGCUUGAUCACGUCACGACCAUGAUGUGCGGUUCGUGCUCGAACGAGAAUGCAUUUAAGAAUAUUUUCAUCUGGUACCAGCGGAAGCAACGCGGUGAGGCCACUCCAUUCUCCGAGGCGGAGAUACAAUCGUGCAUGAUUAAUCAAGUGCCCGGGGCGCCAAAGCUCAGCAUUUUAAGCUUCCAUGGUGCAUUUCAUGGUCGCACACUCGGAUGUCUAUCGACGACCCAUUCGAAGUACAUCCACAAGAUCGACGUACCAUCGUUCGAUUGGCCGAUCGCACCGUUCCCUCAGUAUCGUUACCCACUGGAAGAGAAUGUACGCGAAAACGCUCAGGAAGAUGCCCGGUGUCUGGCCGAGGUAGAGCAACUGAUUGAACAGUACGGCAAGCGGGGCAUCCCGGUGGCGGGAAUAAUCGUGGAACCGAUCCAGAGCGAGGGAGGAGACAACGAAGCGUCCCCCGAGUUUUUCCAACAGUUGCAAAAAAUUGCCAAAGCACGUGGUAGCGCGCUGCUGAUUGACGAGGUACAGACAGGCGGUGGUCCGACCGGUAAGAUCUGGUGCCACGAGCACUUCAAUCUGCCGAGCCCACCGGAUGUGGUGACGUUCAGCAAGAAGAUGCAGCUGGGUGGAUAUUACCAUGGCGCUCACAUGAAACCAUCGCAACCGUACCGUGUGUUUAACACGUGGAUGGGCGAUCCGGGCAAGUUGUUGCUGCUUGAGUCAAUUUUGCGCGUAAUCAAGCAGGAAUCACUGUUGGAGAAUGUGCGUCGAACGGGAGACAAGCUGAAGGAUGGUUUGAUGCAAGCGCAGAAGGAUUUCCCGCAUCUGUUGAGUGCGACCCGCGGCCGUGGAACGUUCCUGGCGAUUAAUUGCGCGACACCAAAGCUGCGCGAUGAUGUUGUGGCAGCGCUCAAGCAGAAAGGUGUGCUGUCUGGCGGUUGUGGUGACUUGAGCAUUCGCUUCCGUCCGGCACUCAUCUUUGGCGAAAAGCAUGUGGACAUCUUUUUGGACAAAUUCCGGCAGGUGUUGAAGGAGGUGAAGUAAGCUUCGUUCGUUCGGUUACUUCCAAUAUAACAUGCACACCUAUGCCAGCUAACUUACUGCACAAAAGUAAAACUGCAGCAGGACGAGAAUUGCACACACACAAAGAUGAAACGUUACGGACAAAAGGGAUUGAUUAUCCCGUUUAGUUUAGAGCUCGAUGCACAGCAGCUAUUUGCGCACAAAAUGAAGUAUACACGCAUAAAAAGGUUUAUAAUUUGUACGAUGCCCGUACGCAGCCCUCCUGACUAUCUCGCUACGGGUAUUUAAACGUCAAGAAAAGCCAGAAAUGGCAGGCCAAUACCUGUUGAGGUUGUAAGGCCACAAAAAGAGAGAAAUAAUUUGUACGAUGCCAACCGUUAGUCACCAUUGCGGUUAGGCGAUGUUGGUCCACACACGUUGCCUAGUGGAGGAAUAUGUUGCGCAUCGUACAACGCAGCUGUGUUUCGAUUGUUAGUGCUUUUAGCUGCCACGAGAUUCGUAAAAGCUAUGUAUUAGAAAAAUCUGACAUUAUUACAGAUAGAGAAACAUACAAUACAUAACAAAAACAUACACACCAACCACGUUUGAUGAUAGCGUGAAUGAGAGAACAUUUGUCUUCCAAUGAGCUAAAAGUGAUUCCAAAAUAAUCGGUGUCAAACGGUACAACCGGUGUGUCUUUUAGGCAAGGCGUGUUGGUCCGUUACAAAAUAAAAUAGAUAAAUGUUGUCGCAUACAGUGA